GAGCCAAAGAAGCAAUUGUUUUAAUUAAUAGUAGCUGCGCUCGGAGAACAGUUAGUGUAUGCGACCGAGUGUGCUCUGUUCUCCCAAUUUACAGCAUGGAAUUUUGCCAAGUCGGUCGCCGGUGUCGUAAUUUUACGAGUUAUCUCUCUUUGAGAUGUUAGGAAAUGUGUGUAAUUCUAUGUUAAAAGUGUAAUAAUUUUCAGAGUGAUUUGCUUGUGCUAUUUACUCCCAAACAUCCUUUAGUGUUUCCAUUGUUGGUUUACAUUUCCACAUUCAUUACAUUUGUGGUGCUACUCUGAAGACUGAUACAGCAUUAACAAGUGUAAUAUGAGAAUGAGGUGAAGAUGUCCAAGGUGCUGUCAGCGCUAGGUGGCGCGCUGCCCGACGAGCGGCCGCUGCUCUCCCUGCAGAUAGUGGAGAGCGUCGCCAAGUGUCCCACGGGAUACUGGCCAGUCAGUAGAACGUAUGAUGAAGAUGCUGAUGCAGGUCUUCUACGCCAGAAUGGACUGUUCGGCAAGAAACCCAGUCACUACAUCUGUCUGUCCAAAUCUGAAGGUGUGCCAGGGUACGUGAUGGACGGCGUGCUGGUAGUGGGUGAGCGCGAGGCGGCGCCGGCGGGAUACAGUGUGGCGGGGCGCGCAGGCAAGCGGCGGCUUUGCACACGCGUGUCUCGCCACGCCGCCGCGCACCACGCACACCAUGCGCCACCCGUUACCGACGUCAUCGUCUGCUCCAAGAUGAGACAGGCGCCGCGAGGCUUCCUACUCGCUGGUGAGAUGAAUGGCAAGAUGGUGUGCUACAAGGUGUGCGGCGGCAGCGCGGACACCUCCCCAACCGGACCUAAUGACUACGAGAAUAUCGUCACUAACCUCACGCCAGACGCCAACAGGAGAUUACGUCCAGCUCCCGAACGUCCUCCCAAAUUGUCACCGCUAAUCAACGAACUCAACAAUUUAAAUCUAAAAUCUCCUAACGCGAGUAUCGAUGAAUUAAAAACUGACCACGACUAUGAAGCCUUAAGUCCAUCGUACAACGUGAAGCCAGCCAGGCCCGCCCCCCUCCAGCCCCCGAUCCCGCCGCCGUUGCAGCCCCCGCGCGCCAUGUCGCCGCAACAGGCCGCGAGGGCGAAGUCCCCGGUGGGCAGCCCCGGGCCCACCUCGCCCGCGGCUGUGGGCCGCCGGAAAGGCCCCGCGCCCUUGCCCAGGACCUCAAACUACCAGACCUUAGGGGGAUAUAACGGAAUGGAGGGCGUACCGUUUGUACUGAAUCCGAAGCUCAGAGGACUACCUAGUGAUGAAUUGACUCAGUUGCCAGUUAUAAAAAAGCGAACUCGUUUUGAGCUCGACCGUGACUACAGCUACAGUUUCGCUGUGGAGAGACAGACGUGAGAUAUGUCGUCACCAAACCUUCAUCCACAGUAAUAGUUGGUUGUAAAACCUAAUUCUUUCUUCUUAGAUUGUAUUAGAAUUUAAGUAGGAAACGAAUCGGUACUACUUUUCUGUUUCUGACGUUUUUCAAUUAAUGAAAUGAUUUCUAUCCACUUUAGAUUUUGACUUUUGUUUUUUUAAAAGAUUCAAAUUGACAAGUUGCCAUUACAAUGUAAUUAAUUUAUUUUUAUUUCGUGUACAAAUUAAAGUUAGAUGGUAUUCCAAUUUAUUAUAUAACCUAAUUAUUUAAAGAACUAAAGAUUGAUAGGUUUUUGGAUAUUCCUUAAUUAUGGAAAUUUUGAUUCAAUUAAUUUUUAGGUUACAAGUUAAUUGUGAAUUUUCAAGUAAUGAAAUUAUGUAUGUGCGUCGUAAUUUUUUGUUAAAUGUAUUUUGCCAUAUUGAGAAAACUAAAUGUGAGAUUAUCAAUAAUUUUAUAUUAAGUUCUAAUUUUAUAUUUUAACUCUAAAAUUGCAAUUAGAAUUUUUUUAAGUAACGUUAGCAUAUCGUUUUGUAACAAUAAAUGACUGAGGAAGUGUUGUACUUGUAGUGUUGGCUUCCAUAGACGAUGUAUUCAUAACAUGCAAUAUUGUUGUUUCCCUCAUUCUGUCUUGUAAAAGUGAGAUAACAAUAUCUAUUGUUUGCAUAUCUCCAAUGGAAGCCUACUGUUGAUGGGUCACGUGUAAGACUGAUACACGAAUUAUAUGUGAAAGAGAUGGAAUAAUGGGAAGUGUGAAGUGUGAAAGAGAAGGAAUUAAUCUAAUAUUUCUUAUUAGAAUAUUUGGAUAGGUUACUUUAUUCGUAACUAAAUAAAAAUGGGACCUUAUUUUUUGUUUAAUUGACUAUUGCUUUGUGAAAUGGCGAUGUAUUUUGCAACAAAUGCAAUUAAUUUAGUCUUUUCUUUGUGAAAAUAAAUUGAUAUAUCUUUUUGUUAUUGAGAAGAUGUUUCUUAAUAUAUGAUUUUAUAGAUGCAAGUAAACGGAUUUUUACAAAUUCUGAUGUAUGUCAAAUAUCUUUUCUUUAAUGGUAAUUUUUUAAAUGUAGUUUUAAAUUGUGCUGCCAAUUUUACAAUUCUAUUGUCAAUUAUUUUUACACUUUUAAAUUUGUAUACGUCUUAUUGCUAUACAUAUAUUGUUUGUGCCAAUGCAAGUACAAGUUUGUAAAAGUUACCGGACAUUUUGUCUGUUUUACAACUAGUCGAAUGAAGAUCAAAUUUUAAUUGUCAUUUUUCACUGUCGCAAAACCCAUAUUGUUUUUUUUUUCAGGGUGUUUUUUUACAAUCAUAAUUAUAUAUAAUUGUCCAACAAAUAAAGGCUGAAUAUCAAAUUUGUGAAAUCAUCUCAUUAUUUUUUUUUGAUGCGUACAGUGUUGAUGUCGCAAACAUUUUUUUCUUUUUUUUUUUUUAUAAGCAAUUUUGCUUAUGCUGACAGAUAAUGCCACAUGGUAAUAAAUAAUAUUGAUUUAAAUGGAUUUUUAAAGUUAUUUUCGUCUUGAGAUGAGCUUAUAAAUAUCACUGCUCAAAUGUUUUUUCACCUUUUACCUAAUUUAAGAUAUUUGAGUGUGAUAUAAUCAUAAAUAUUGAAAAACUGAUUUAGCACAUGUAUUUGCAAAAAAGUUUAGUGUUUUUGUCGUUGGCUUUCUCGCACAAAUUAUGAGUCAACGUUCAAAGGUGUUCUACUAUCCUAAGAUUUUUUAUAAUAUAAACAGUUGUUUUUUGUAAAUUUCAACAUUUUGUUUAGGUUUUCAAUUCAUAUUAGCAUUGAAUAGCAAAUAUCUGAAAGAAAAUCGCAGAAUAAUUGCCGUAAUAGUUUAUUUAAGACAAAUAUUGUAUAUUACGUUAUCUAUCUUUAAGUUUUAUAAUGACCGCCAUUUUUAUGUGUCUGAAGUUUCGGAAUUUUGUACGUGACAGUGAGAGCGAGACAACACAUAGACCGAUAAGUGCUAGAAAGGGACAGGAUGAUGUUUGAAGUGUCAAUAAUGGAUUUGACUAACUUCAGACCUGUGAAUAAAUUUGGUGGAUACUGUACACAUUACCUACUAGCAAUAAUUUUGUUUGGAAUGCACGAUACAAACUGUUAUACUGACUUGCGUUUAUAUAUUAUACGUUAAUUUUAUUGUUAACUAGCUAAAUUAGUUAUAUAAAACCUCGACUCGCAGUAAUGUUGCGUUCAAGUGUGUUUGAGUCACUCGCAAUGUAAAUAUGUUUAAUGCAAUUAGUAAAUACGCUUUUUUACAUAUUAGAUACAUUCGUAUCCCGUAAUUAUUAUUGUUUAGAAAUAUGAAGGCAGAAUAAAUUUAAAUUAUUGACA